AUGACACGCGCGAGCAGUAGUCAGCUUCGACCUCUCCAACUUGCUCCACAACAGCAGUUACCUUCCUCUGUGGCUUCCUCUUCGUCGUCCGUUGCAACUUACUCACACAGUACACGAAAUCGAUACCAAAGACCAACUGGUGAUGAUGCUGUCGAAACGACCUCCAAGUUCUGGAAGGCCUCUGAAGGUAGCAUCGUGGGCUUGCACAGAAAGAUUCUGCAGUUGGUCACCAAGAAAUAUGGCCAAAUCUGGACCCUCAAGCAAGUGAAAGCCAACAUUCAUUAUGCACAGGACAAAUACAAGAAGGCCAAGGAUAUGGCCAAACAGACAGGUCAAUAUACAGACGAGGAUGGAACGUCGAGGAAGAAAAUGCUCCAAGAGUGCCCCUUCUACGACCGACUCGAUGCUGUCUAUAUGUCAAAUGCCGUCAUUAAUGCCGAUCCACCGAUUGAUACGUUCUCACUUCCUCGCGAGGAGCAGCCUGAGUACGAGUCGGAGGUAGAAGCUAGCGCCUUUGACGACGAACAGUUCGACUCUGACGAGUCUGAUAAUGCUAUAGACAGCGUCUCUGUUGAAAGCAGUUCGACCCCACGUAAAGCAAAAAGCAGUAUGCCACCGUCAGCAAAGAGUCGAAAAAGGAAACAAGGCGAAUCUAUCGCGAGUAUUCGUGAGCACCUUGCUGGAAUCCGAGGCGCUUCAUCUAAAGUAGCUGACAGUCAAAAGUCCUGGACUGAUCAGCUUCUGCAACAGACAAUAGUUCAGGAAGAUCUUCUUUCUCGGCGCAGGAAAGACUUUGAAGCAGAGAUGGCGGAACGCAAGGCGGCACUCAGGCAGGCAAGGCAGGAGUGGGAGGACGAGCGGCUGCGCUUGAGAAAGGGAAUGGAGGAAGAUCAUGCGCGCUUGAGAAAGGAACUGGAGGAAGAAAGGGAGCGCUCGAGAAAGGGACUGGAGGAGGAAAAGGAACGCUCGAGAAAGGAACUGGAGGAAGAAAGGGAGCGCUCGAGAAAGGUACUGGAGGAAGAAAGGGAGCGCUCGAGAAAGAGACUGGAGGAAGAAAAGGAGCGCUUGAGAAAGGAACUGGAGGAAGUCAGGACGAAAUACGAGAUACUUCUGUGCGAGCUCGCUGCGGCGAAAAAAGAGCUGGAACUAAGGACUGGAAACAGUAUCGGCACCAUUACAACAUAG